GAGGAAGGGCGCAGGGACUCUGCGGACGACGGCUUUGUGGCGAGAAGCUGCCGCCGCCGGAGGAUCUGUGCAGCUGGGGCCUAGGCACCUCCACGGAUCCCGGGAGCACAUGCUGCUGUCGCUGCCAUUCCUGCUCCAGAUCGUGCCGCGUGGUCUAGAGCCAGGCUUUUCCUGGCAUCCUCUCGCCUAGGCCUCUGGGGGAAAGCAGAGGGACCCGGGCGAGGACCAGUCUCCUCCUGGCUAAUCCUGCCUUACGUUUAACCGGGCGUUCCGACAGCGCUCUCUUAACCUCAUCGCCUUUCCUCGUUUCUCUUCGGUCUGUCAAGCAACUGUUCUCAGGCUGAUCUGCCCCAGAUCUGUUGGGCUACAGUUCCCAAAAUCCCCGAGGCACCUUGCUGGGGAAUGUUCCUCCAUCCGGUACUGGAACACACCUCCCGGGACACGCAUAAACACCUUGCACUUUGCAAAUUGUGGCCCAUCAUUUCAGAUGGGGAAGGCGGCUGUUUUAAGCAACUUACACUCAGGGAGGGAAUGUGUUUUCUCCAAAUGAGGUGUUCUUUGCAGGUAAUUUAGUUGUCCAAAUUCCUGCCCCAAGACUGUUCUGGAGUAAGUUUUCUGUAGACCAGUGUAUCUUGAUUGGUGGCCCACUUUAUUAAAAGACAACAAAAACUGGUGAUUCAUUCUAAGUAGUGAUGGAGAACUUGUUGAUCUCCAGAAGUUGUUGGACUGCAGCUCCCAUUAUCCCCCACCAAUUGGCAGUGCUGGUUGGGAUGGAUGGAAUUAGCCUGAGGGUGAAUUAAGUUUUCUGUCUGACUUUUCUGGUAGACAACAUUUGCAGCUGAUUUAGACAGUUCCAGAUAAAAUGUGACUACACACUUAACAUAGUUUUAGUACCAGGGAUUACUUGAACAACCUUUUUGUAGUCACAGUGAGGGUGGCUAGGAAUGUGGAUUCUUCUAUCUUCCAUUGCAUGUAUAUUGUUUUGCAGAUUAGGUAGGAAGCUUGUUUUCUGAGCUCCCUCCUAGUUUAAGAAUAACUUGUUAUGUUCCCAGUUACUGCCUUUAGUACUUUUUGGGUAUGGCUGCUUGUCUACAGAACAAAUUUUAGUACAACAGCUUCCCGGGACACAGGGCUGUCAUCUUUGUUUCUUGACUUUCUUGUAAUCUGUUAGCUUGUCGUGCAAGCGUUAUCCAUCCUACCACUUAUUCAUGUGACAGAGAAAACUUUCCAUUUCUGCCACCGUUAAGCACAGAAGCCCUGGGUAGAUUUGGAAGGGUCUUUGCUAGGGGUCAUAGUUGACCUCUGCUAAGAAGAAAUAUUUGAGCUUGACAAUACACAUCAUGUGUUUUGUUUCAUUCUUGGUUGUCAUAAAAGGCAUCUUGCAUUAAAAGUGUUUUUAAAAUGUGUUAAAAUACCAUAUAUGGGAUGGUGGGAGACAGGAAGGCCUGGAAGAAUGUUGUCCAUGGGGUUGUGAUGGGUUGGAUGCGACUUCGCGACUAAAAACAUUUCUCAUGUAGUCCUUAAAAAGCCAAGCGGAGUGAGGCAUAUGACAAUGCAGUUUACACUAGUCCGGUAGCAAUGCUGUAGCCGAGGGUCAGAAGCUUGUGGUGCUGAGCUCAGUGGGACUGAGAUGGGUGCAGUGGUUCUGAUGAAGUUUACUUCUCAUUUGCCCUUCCAAGAACAACUGCUUUUUUGCAAUAAAUGAGAAAUUGAGGAAGGGACACCAAAUAACUGAGAAUAAGUACAUGGAGCUGUCUUGUCCUGAUAGCUGUAAUAGUCAAAUGGUUAAAACUGCCUUGUUCGUGUCCAUGCCUAUAGUUCUCUAUGUAUAUUCCAAUAGUUCUGCUUCUAAAAGUACUAUUUGAUUUUUCCUUGAGGACUAUCAGAUAAAGAACAGAAUGCCAGUAGAUCUUAUUUUAAAUCAGAGUGCUACGCAGCCUUGUUCCUAGCCUGAUGGCAUCGCCAAGCCAAACAGUUACAAAAUGACAGUUUGUAGUUUUACAUUGUUUGCUCAUGCAGAAAAUGAAUGUUUUACAUGUGAAUACACAAUCACAAUUGCAAAUCCCCAUCCUCUGACCAGCUUGGUAUGUAAAACAACAGUGAUGUCAGUUUCAUGCCUAGUUCAAAUAGUUCUUUGGGUUUUAUCUCCAAAUAACCACUGUCCAAAUUACCACUAGCUGUCGAAAGGCAGUGCUUGUUUCAAAGCAAAGCAGUGUGGUUGCUAAAGUGAUAACUAAGCUGUGUGGAAGUAUUUUGGGAUGUAUUGGGUAAGAAUAUCUUGGGUGCUAUACCUAUAAAGUUGGUUGCAAAUUUUGUUUUUAUAAUGUAAGACAAAGGCCAGGGUUUCACAUUCCUUAUGUUUAUACAUGCAGAAGUACAGCUCAUGCUUUGAACAAUGCAGUUGGAAAGGCCUUGCAAGCCAAAUAGGCUAAGUACCUGCUCUGUGAAGGUACAGAAGUGAUCCAGAGGCAGAGAUGGUGGUCCUCUCCCUACAUGGAGGUCCUUCAGCAGCCCACUAGGCAACUGUCAAACUGUGGUUGUUAUCAAGAUGUUUAACCAAAGUCUGUCCUUCUGUAGGUUAGGUCUAGUCCUGUUUUGAGGGGCAGCCUCCUUCAGUUUUUGAAGAGAGUUUCUUCACGUGAGGGCUGCAGUGGGUUGCGUCCAGCAAUGUUGUUCUGUUGAAGUAUUCCAUUAGUGAAGCUGGGAGAAGGGAGAUACCUCCUCCUCAACCCACCCCUGAGCGAUCUGCAGCUUAGCAUCUAGUCCAAAGGAUUUGAAAAUGUCCUGGAGUAGAUUUUUGGAAGGGACACUGAGAAGAGGGCAUCCCAGUGCAUGAGCAGGCACCCACUAGUGCAAUGUGGGGUUGCAUCCACAGCCUCACACCUGCUCCACCUUGAUCAGUCCUUUCUUUAUCACUGGGAGUAGGCUUGGAGCAAGGGAGGGAAAUCUGUGGCCUUCCACGUAAUGGUAAGCUAAGGUUCCCUUCAUCCUUAUCACGGGCCAUGCUGGCUGGAGCUUAUGGGAGCUGAAGCACCUCUGGAAUGUCACAUGUCACUCACUCCAGACUACUUGUGGCAUAAACUUUGAAGCUCCUGUUUUUUCAUGCACUACUUACCACUUUUCUUCCUGUCCUUUGUUGGGCUUGCUCUCAGUUCCUGGCAGGUGCUCAUUAAGAACCACUUGCUGUGCAGAGGUAAUAUAUGCCAAAUUUAGUCUAAUUUAAGUCCCAUUCAUUUGCACUGUGUACUCUAAGUAGGACUAACCUUGGAUGCAACCCUUUGUUCUGCUUCUGCUCACAGUUUGUGGUGGCCGGAGGGACUGAAAUAAGGAGGCUUUUACCUGCACAAGCAUCUCAUGGUUCUACCUUUUUGUGAAUACAUUUAACUUGAAAAUUGCCUCUUCAAUCAAGUAUGGUUGUAUUUGUAAAGGAAUUACAUUGCUGUUCAAAAACCCAGCAAACCAGCAUCAAGUGAAUAACGUUACAACAACAUAACAUAACAUAAACUUCUAAUGUAAUGCACUUAUAGGAUGCACGCUCUUUUUCUAGGAACAAAGCAGUUCAGAAGAUCAGCAUGUGAGUCUGAGCAUACGUGCAGUUGAAUACUUUGGACUGAUGUCAGUUUGGGACACAUUCUUGGUUUCCAUGAGUGUCCCGAACUGCUCGGGUCCAUUGAUCCAGCUCUAUCACCCUGUGUCGUGUAACACCUUUUAGUAGUCAAGUCAGAGCUCUGGCUGCAUCUAGAUUAGAUUGUUGUAAUGCAUUCUGUGCAGGUCCAGGAUAGUAGGUGUCUUGGAGACUCUUUGGAAGUGUCCGCUGGUUCGAAAUACCGCUGCUAGGCUAUUAACCGGAACAAACUUCAGUGAAUGCAAAUAUGAAAUUUAUUCCCCAGAUGCCAAACUGUCUCUGCCACAGUUCAAGAUUGGUUGUCACAUGGAAUGGACUAAAAGUCUCAGUACCUGAGUAACUGAAAGACUGUCUUUUCCUACAUGUAGUUGCCAAUGUAAAGGCUCUUCUCUCAGCAAAGACAUCAGAUUGUUAGAGGCUGUUCUCUCAGCAAAGGGAGUGAUGUGGAUUUCUUGGAAACUGAAAACAGCACUUCUCUUACACUCUUUAAAUAUAAGGAGAAAGGAGAAAUUCAUGAAAACUGUUGGUACCCAGAUAAAUUUGUGCACCCCAAAGAGUUAUCAUGAUAUGCUGACACCCAGUCAUCUUUUACUUGGAACUGCCAAGCUUCUCCAGUAUUGUGUACAACUGCUAUCAAUUCAUUAUUAAGUAAUGAAUAUAUGAAAUGAAAAGUGCUGAAGAUAAAGCACUGGAAAUUUUUCUGCCUCACAGUACUGCCCUGUAGGUGAAAAACUAGCCAAGCAGAAAGAAAAGUGCAAUUGGUCUGCUGAGCUCUUUCAAUUUGCUGGCAGUCAUUUUGACAUGGGAAGCAUUAACAAUUGUUUCUCAGCAUUCUUGUUAACAGGUUACCUGUUCAUUCUUUUGAUGUCUUAGGAACUCCAGUUGUUCCAAAAAAUGUGAUAAGUGGAGAAAGGGCUUUCUACUGUGGUGCCCAGUACAUGGAAUCCUUCCCCAGAGAGAUUCAGUUUGGGCGAUUUCUGUAUCUUCUGGAACAAUGGGUUUUUACCAUGCUCCGAACAUUCAGGUGUACUGGUGGUAGGUUCGAGAGCCACCUUUCAAGGUGGCAGCAUUAUCACAAAUCUGUCCUGGCCAUCAGGAGGGAGGAUGUCAAUGCCUGGGAGAGAAGAGCCCCCCUGGCUCCACGGCAUGUCAAGCUCUUAACCAACCUGGGGUACAAAGUCUUGGUGCAGCCGUCCAAUCGGCGGUCCAUCCAUGAAAAGGACUAUGUGAAAGCUGGUGGUAUUAUACAGGAGGAUAUUUCAGAGGCCUGCCUGAUUGUGGGUGUGAAGAGGCCUCCAGAGGAUAAAUUAAUUCCCAACAAGAACUAUGCAUUUUUCUCUCACACAAUUAAAGCUCAAGAGGCAAAUAUGUCUCUGUUGGAUGAAAUCCUAAGCAAGAACAUUCGAUUGGUAGAUUAUGAGAAAAUGGUGGAUCACCGAGGAGUGCGAGUUGUAGCCUUUGGAAAAUGGGCCGGUGUUGCAGGUAUGAUCAAUAUUUUACAUGGAAUGGGAUUAAGAUUUCUUGCUCUGGGACAUCAUACUCCUUUCAUGCACAUUGGGAUGGCUCAUAAUUACAGAAACAGCAGCCAGGCCGUGCAGGCAGUUCGAGAUGCUGGCUACGAGAUUUCCCUAGGCUUGAUGCCGAAAUCUAUUGGGCCCAUAACGUUUGUGUUUACAGGCACUGGUAAUGUCUCUAAGGGUGCCCAGGAAAUGUUUAAUGCACUGCCUUGUGAGUUUGUGGAGCCCCAUGAGCUAAAGGAGGCCUCUAGAACUGGAGACCUCCGAAAAGUGUAUGGUACAGUGCUAAGUCGGCACCACCAUCUUGUGAGGAAGAGUGAUGGGGUGUACGACCCCGUGGAAUACGAGAAACACCCUGAACUCUACACAUCUCGGUUUAACACUGAUAUUGCACCAUAUGCUACUUGCAUCAUAAAUGGGAUCUACUGGGAGCCGCACACCCCGCGAUUGCUAAGCAGGCAGGAUGCACAGAAGCUUCUGACUCCUCUCCGAUCUUCUGCUGCUGGGACAGAGGGCUGCCCUGAAUUGCCGCACAAACUUGUUGCGAUAUGCGACAUCUCAGCUGACACUGAAGGAUCGAUAGAAUUUAUGACGGAGUGUACAACAAUCGACAGCCCCUUCUGCAUGUAUGAUGCCGAUCAGCACAUUAUCCAUGACAGUGUGGAGGGAUCUGGGAUUUUGAUGUGUUCAAUUGACAACCUGCCAGCUCAGCUUCCUAUAGAAUCAACAGAAUGUUUUGGGGACAUGCUCUUUCCUUACAUCGAAGAAAUGCUGUUAUCUGAUGCCUCUGAACCCCUUGAGAGCCAGAAUUACUCACCUGUAGUUAGAGAUGCAGUGAUUACAUCCAAUGGUUCAUUGACUCCUAAGUAUAAAUAUAUCCAGAAACUAAGAGAGAGCAGAGAAUACGCCCAGUCACUGACCAUGGAUAAGAAGAAAAAGGUCUUGAUACUUGGUGCUGGAUAUGUCUCUGGGCCUGUGAUAGAAUACCUCAUGAGAGAUCCCAAUGUUGAAAUAACAGCAGUUUCUUCGUUGGGCCUUAAUCCUAGAACAGCAUCUGUUAUGAAGAAACAACUUGAGCAGCUGACAAAGAAAUGCAGCAAUGUUGUUCCUGUCGUUUUGGAUGUCACUGAAGAUGAGGAGAGACUAUCGUCCAUGGUGAAGAAGCACAAUCUUGUUAUUAGCUUGCUGCCUUAUUCAUUCCAUCCUUUGGUUGCUAAGAAAUGCAUUGAGAGGAAAGUGAAUUUGGUGACUGCCAGUUACCUGACACCUGCUAUGAAAGAGCUGCAAGAGAGCAUAGAGGCAGCUGGCAUUACAGUUAUCAGUGAAAUAGGUUUGGAUCCUGGCCUUGAUCACAUGCUGGCAAUGGAAUGCAUUGAUAAAGCAAAAGAAGUGGGUGCCUCGGUGGUAUCCUAUACUUCCUUCUGUGGUGGACUGCCUGCUCCAGAAUAUUCUGACAAUCCCCUGAGAUAUAAAUUCAGCUGGAGUCCACAGGGGGUCCUGCUGAAUACGGUUCAGCCUGCCAUGUAUUUAAAAAAUGGAGAGAUUAUUAAUAUUCCAGCCGGAGGAGCUUUACUUGAUUCUGUUACUGUCAUGGAUUUUUUCCCAGGAUUAAAUUUGGAAGGUUUUCCAAACAGGGACAGUACAAAAUAUGCUGAGCCAUAUGGCAUCCAAUCAGCUCACACUCUCCUAAGAGGAACCUUACGAUACAAGGGUUAUUCCAGAGCCAUAAGAGGCUUUGUAAAAUUGGGCCUCAUCAAUCCCGAACCAUGCCCUAUGCUUAGUGCAACAGCACCUUCAAUAAAGUGGAAAGAGCUUAUGUGCAAGUUAGUUGGACUUCAGCCAUCUGCCAAACCUGACGAUCUCCAAGAUGCUGUCUACAAUAAGUUAGGCAAGGAUAAAAGGCAGCUGGAGGCAGUGGAAUGGUUGGGGUUACUUGGAGAGGAGCCUGUUCCCAUAGCAGAUACUAUAGUGGGUGCACUGGCCAAACACAUGGAAGCCAAGUUAUCUUACGGCACUGGAGAGAGAGACAUGAUCGUUAUGAGGAAUGAAAUAGGAAUCAAGCAUCCAUCUGGCCAUUUGGAAGACAAGUAUGUCAAUCUUGUGGUCUAUGGUGAUGAUAAAGGAUAUUCCGCAAUGGCUAAAACUGUUGGGUAUCCUACUGCGAUUGCAGCAAAGAUGGUUCUGGAUGGGGAAAUUACUACCAAAGGCAUGGUCAUCCCUUUGACAAAGGAUAUAUACGGACCAAUUCUUAAACGCAUUCAAGCCGAAGGCAUUGUGUACAGCACGCAAAGUGUUAUCAAGCAAUAGAGGAGUCGUCAUCUUCUUUCUCCCAAUCUCUAGUUUUGUACGCACAGUUCGAAGCUUGGAAAUGAUUGUCCAGAAACGCUCUCGGUUGGAAAACUUUCUCGUGCAAAGCCUAUGAAAAUGAAUGGGAGCUCUGCAGCAGCAUUACUGUCCUCUUUUCCAGCUUCAUCUGUUGUGAUGAGGCGUGCGCAAGAGAGCAUCCGGGUGGAUUACGCUCUGUACCUUUUAGAGGUCCGUAAACCUAUUUCCUCUUUCGUAGAAGCAUGCCUCAUUGAAUUCAGUAGGACUGACUGCAAGCAUAAAUUGCACUGUAUAUGUACUUCUCCCAGAUGCAGGUGGACAACAGGUAGACAGUCCUAAGAAGAUACUGCAUUUGCUUCAGAGCUAGAGGACUUUUAUGUAGAACACAGAGCUCUUCAAUCCGUGCCAAAAUAUUUUCAGUUGUAUCCUGAAUUCUGCAGAACUGUGGAGUGUGGAACACUAAAGCCUUUAUUUUUUUACUAGAACAUUUGCCUUAUAUUGUGACAACAGCAGAGGAGAUUGUAGUGUUUGUGAGCCUAAAUUUGGAUAAUUUUCCUUUUCUGCUCUCUAUGUAUGCCGGUGUGCCUCAGUCUGGUGCCCUCCAGUUAUGUCUGAUCACAGUUCUAUCAUCCCAAGCUGUCACAUUGGCUGCUGCUGGUGGGAAUUGUCUCCUACAUAUCUGGAUAGCACCAGUUUAAGGGAAAACUGCUGUACAAUAUAACCAAAAGGGAAAUGUCUUUUUAAUUUGCACUUUUGUCCCUAGAAAAUCAUGUCAACAACCUUUUGGUGUCUGUCAAGACUAUAAAAGUAUGAUCUAGACCCUUCAAUAAUGUAUUAUACAUAAAAUCUAGGACAUAGUAUUAUUUCUAUUUUAAUAUUUUUUAAUUUAAUAAAACAUUUGUAUCCCGUCCUUCACAGCAGCGUCUCAGGAAGGCUUGAAUUACACAUUCUUACAUUUUAUGUAAGAAUGUGUAAUUCCACAUUUGCCAAACUUUGUAUUGUCUGAAGCUUCAUACCAGUCAAUAUCCAGUAAUCAUUUGCAAUGUCCAAACUGUUUACUUAGCAUCAGGAUGGUGGCCAAUUAGCCACUAAGACUGCCAAAUAUCAGUUUCUUCUCUGUGUUGGCACAUUCUCUCAGAUUAUUACAGUAUGAUUCAAUCAUCCUCCCUUGCCCUACAAUUGGAAGGAGCAACAUUGUUUUCGAUGCAACUGUUGUAUAUACACCCUCUGAGCAAAGGUUUAAAGUUUUCUUGUUCUGUAACUGCCUUUUCAACACCUUUUGAUUUCACCCCCUAACAAUAAUAUGGGCAUUUGAGCCUAUAGCUAUGUGGGAUGUAUGGGCUCCCCUGCUUUAUGUUACAUGCAUGUUAACUGUAAAUGGAAACAUGCUGCAUGUGGCCAGAUACCCAUAACUAUUUCAAGAGGGAACAAGCCAUUUUUCUCCAGAUGGGAAAAGAUAAAGUGGAAAACACUCUGUCUGCUUUGCUGUGCAUUGAUUUGCAGAUAGUGGGUUGCAAGAACAGAUGGGGAAAGAAGUAUGUAGAGUAUGUGCUUUCUGUGUGCAUGCCUAAAGUGCUUAAGGAUUUUAUUACAUUAAGCCGUGUAUGAAUAAAUAAUUGCAACAAGCACACAUGACUAAAAGAAGCUGAACCUGAAGUAGAGACCUAUGGUUUUCUACACCAUAUAAUGUACCUAGUAAUUUAAAUGCAAAAUGGUGACAAAAAUGUCCCUUUCUGUCUCCCAAUAAUAAAUUAGAUUAAGGCUGAAUUUUUCAGACUCUUCUCUCUACAAGACUCCCACAUAUUUCAGUGAUGGCUUCAGGGUCAAAGAUACUGGUGUAACACCACAAUCUUAUGCAUGUUUACUCAGAAGUAUGUCCCAGUGUGUUCAGUGGCCACCAGUUCAGUGUCUAUAGGAUUGCAGUGUUGCUAUUCCUGACUUCGAUUUUUUGAUCCUCACUGGCAUAGAUAUCUGCAUUAUUUGGCUUCUGAGGCUGGUUAUUUCCCUGGUCAAAGAUAAUAAUAUUUAUUUCCUUUUUUCCUUUUGCCUCUGGUAAAAAAUAAUUUUAUUGUUAAAUUGACUCUUUAGUGAUCCAUUCAAAACUUGAAUGCAGUCCUAUUCCCCCCCCCCCCUUUUCCUUCUGGAGAUCAGGUUUUUUUAAAUACAAAAUGUACCAAGAAGAUGAAACUGAAAGACUAUUGUAAAAAUCAUGGAGUUCUCUCACUGAGAAGAAACAUUAUAAAGUAAAAUACAUUCAUGUACAAAAAGAGCAAAACUUACAUGAAAUACCAUGAUCUUUCAUCUUAUCAGUAUUGGGUAAGCAUGCAGGGGCUGCUUGCUUAGGAACCUCAUCUGUAUCUCAUGGUGAGAAGUGAAACUUAUUCCUCAGAGGUCAAGGAACUUUCUUAAAAAUUCUUGUUUUCACAACAAAGGCAAAGAUACCCAUUUAAAUCUUUCUACCUGUAUUCUUGUACAGUCGGUCUGCAUGUAAGAAGAUGCACUGAGUGGGAGGAAGUUAAUACACAAGAUUCAGCUUUCUGAAUGGCACUUCAACCUCUUUGUGUAGGAACUUGGUUUGCUUUGCUGCUGGCAUACUUAGAUUCUGCGCCUGAACACAGUCCUUGGACAUUUUAAAUGGGCUAAAGGCUAGCUGUAGGGAGAAGCACUUUUUCCAGUCUGUCUUGUACAAACAAAGGAAGUAAAACAAAAAAACCUUGAAGGGCUGGCAGUACUGUGUGAAGUUGGCCGAGGGAGAAAAUGGUGGUCCUCUCAUCAGGCCUGUUGUUUUCUCAUGCCUUGCCUUCUAGCUCCCAUGUUUCCCCCCUAAAAGAAUACUGUACCAGAGUGUGAGGCAAAGCUUUCUAUUUCUUAGUAAUCAGGUAGCUCUCAGUUUCUUCAUGGAAGGUUUCCCUUUUUUACCCUUUUUGAAUACUUCAAUUUUAUAAUAGCAAUGAGUGUCAAUUGAAAUGAUAUCACUGGAUCCAGCAUCUCUGAAAAACUUUCGUAGCAGACAAUUUUCUAUUUCUGUAUGCUGAUUUGAAUCAUUUUCUGAGCGAGGGCAAAAGGGUGUUUGGUGUAUUGUGCUGAAUUUCAAGAGAUCAGUCCUCAUGGUAGGAUGCUAAAUAAAAGCUUUUGACUUUAA